AAAACACUACGGUAAGUGCUGGGAUCUAGUGGCAUUCAGUAACCUUCGCUUUAAACUGGUCUAUUUACCUACUACUAGCUCUCGAACGAUAUAGAACUCAUCACUUUUCAAUCAUAAAGCCUUGCCUAUAUAAACUGGACAUCUUGAACCCCCGAAGGAUGAUUUCCUUUGUGUCGCCAUGGUGCGAAAAAUCCUGAUCCUUACAGGUGCACCAGAGAACCAUAAACUUGAUUGGAAAGAGUCGAACCUCGUGGACUAUUUUUUAGAUCCUAUUGCACGCUUUGCCGGCAUAACAAAUUCCACAAGCCCAGACGAAGACGAAGAAUCCGUUUUGGAUGUUGCUGUUUGGAGAUCCAUACCUCUACAGAAAACAGCCUUACCAACUGGUUUUUCUCAGCUUCAUCAAAUAGGUCCGGACUAUCAUGGAGAUGAAGGCUUCUUCACGACCUUUACCGGCUCUCAUGGAUCUGCCUCGGGCUUGGCUGGAACUGGCAGAAUAAGCCAGGAAAUACUAGAUCAGUUCUACGACCAUUCUCUCGCGAUUCAUGAUGACAUACCGUCAUCUCAACUACCCACCUUGAGCCUGAGUACCGAUGAGUCUUCGUUCAAUACAACCGAGGAAUGGAGUACCCGGUUGUCAACACAGGACAGCAAUUCAUCUGCCCGUCAAAACAAGCAAUUUAUUCCCCAAUCGGGACACUUAAGCGACCUUGAAGAUCUGCCACCUGCGUCGUAUCUUCAAUCUAUUACGCCCCAGACAAUGUCAGUUAACCUCAUUGUCGGCAUAAUCUCAAUCGCCGAGCCACGGAUCGUGAAAACUAGAUGGGGAUCAACCAAAUCUUUGGUUGAGUUACUAGUUGGAGACGAGACAAAGUCUGGUUUCAGCGUCAGUUUCUGGUUGUCGGCAGAAUCUGACGAAUCCUCUGGCAAGAUUCUUAGGGAGCUCCGCCGCCAAGAUAUUGUCCUUCUACGCAAUGUUGCGCUGAGUGUCUUCAUGAAGAAAGUUCAUGGGCACAGUCUAAGGAAGGGUCUCACCAAGGUUGACCUUCUUUACCGGAGGAAAUUGGACAGAAACGACCAGGGCGGCGUUUACAAUGUGAAGGACAUCUCAUCGAAGAAACCGGCACACCCACAAUUACUAAAGGCUAGAAAGGUACAAGAAUGGGUUAUGAAUUUUGUUGGUGGCGGUGGUACAGCCCUUGGGAAGAGGAAGCAAAAGGGAAGACCCGUAAGAAGUUGGGACAUGCCGCCAGACGAUACGCAGUAAAUUGGUUCAUGAAGGUGGCUCAUUGACGUGUUGCGAAUAUCAAAGUCGAAUAGUCAUUAUUCAGCCCUUUCCUCGAAACUAUAGCGAGACGAAGGUUACAGCCAUAGCCAUUUAGAGGUUAUGCUGGACGAAGAACGCUCUCCAAAGUAAAUAAAAGGAAAUCCAGUACGUCUGGCUACUCCACACGUUGAACGCUCUAAACUAAUAGUAUUAUGCUCUGGAUAGUGUGACUCGCAUGGUAUAGGAAGACCUCGUCUAGGCAGAUAUCAUCCGACCAAUCAAAUCAAUCUGAUCGGCUUGAAGGCAGUAUAACGUUCUAGGUCAUAUGUUAUAGGGGAUAAGCAAGAUUCCGCAUUGUCGCAUACUCGCAUGAUUUAGUUCGCACGCGACUGAAUUGGCCAAUGGGGAGUCAGCUAUUGUAGCCGGCAGCUUGGCUCGUCAUUUACCGCUUACCCUUUCCAGGUUGAUUUACCCCUCCAUCGAGAAUUUUCGCCCCGCCAUUGGCAGUAUGAAAAUUACGAUUAAGUAAGAGAAAAAGAUCGCAUAUUUGCUGCAUCGGCCGCAUCUACUGCAUAAUCAGAUCAUACAUAAAAAACAUAACGCAAGGUUAUCAAGCCAAUUUAGUAUUUUCUUUUCGUCCCGUGUGACCUACCUUGGGCUGAUCAGGUUAGAUUAUUCCCAAGAGAUU